CCCGUGCCCUGCCCUUCCCGGCCCCAGCAGGGCGGGCGGCCUGAGCCCAAGCAGCGACAUGCGGAGCCCCUGCCCCGUUGCCAGCCCGGUGGCCGCUGCGCUCGCUGCUGCGCUUUCUGUGCUGGGGAUGUCGUCCUACAAGCGGGCCACGCUGGAUGAGGAAGACUUGGUGGACUCCCUCGGGGAGGGCGAGGUGUACCCCAAUGGCGUUCAGGUGAACUUUCGAGGUUCCCGGAACCGGAGUUGCUGGGCCGAGAGAACCCACAUCGAGAAGCGCCUCUUGGUGGUGAUUGGCCUUUUGGUGCUGGGGCUGUUGGCGUCCCUGGCGGUGGUGGUCUUCCAGUACAGAACCAGACCUCCUGCUCUGUGUCUGAGUGAGGCUUGCAUCUCAGUGACCAGCUCCAUCCUGAGCUCCUUGGACCAAACAGUGGACCCCUGCCAGGACUUCUUCAGCUAUGCUUGUGGGGGCUGGAUAAAGGCUAACCCUGUGCCCGAUGGCCACUCUCGAUGGGGGACUUUCAACAACCUCUGGGAACACAAUCAGGCCAUCAUGAAGCAUCUCUUGGAAAAUGCCACUGCCAGCACCAACGAGGCCGAGCGAAAAGCCCAGCAGUAUUACCAGGCCUGCAUGAACGAAUCCAAGAUUGAGGAGCUGAAGGCGAAGCCCUUGAUGCAGCUGAUUGAGAAGCUUGGUGGCUGGAACAUCACAGGCCCAUGGAACAAGGACAACUUCCAGGAGACCCUGCAGGUGGUCACUGCCCAUUACCGAACUUCCCCUUUCUUCUCCGUGUACGUCAGUGCCGACUCAAAGAACUCCAACAGCAAUGUGAUUCAGGUGGAUCAGUCCGGCUUAGGCUUACCUUCAAGAGAUUAUUAUCUGAAUAAGACAGAAAAUGAGAAGGUCCUGACAGGCUACCUGAACUACAUGGUGCAGCUGGGCAAACUCCUAGGAGGGGGAGAGGAAGAAUCCAUUCGUCACCAGAUGCAGCAGAUCUUGGACUUUGAGACAGCGCUGGCCAACAUCACCAUUCCCCAGGAGAAGCGCCGAGAUGAGGAGGUCAUUUACCACAAAGUGUCCGCUGGAGAUCUGCAGACUUUGGCACCUGCCAUCAAGUGGAUGCCCUUCCUCACCACCGUAUUCUACCCCGUGGAGAUCAAUGAAUCAGAGCCUGUGGUGGUCUACGCCAAAGAAUACUUGGAGCAAGUCUCCAACCUCAUCAACAACACAGACAAAAGCCUCCUGAACAACUACAUGAUCUGGAACCUGGUGAAGAAAACAAGUCCUUUCUUAGAUCAGCGCUUCCAGGAUGCCGAAGAGAAAUUCAUGGAAGUGAUGUAUGGGACCAAGAAGACGUGCCUCCCACGAUGGAAGUUUUGUGUGAGCGACACGGACAACAACUUGGGCUUUGCUCUGGGCGCCAUGUUUGUGAAAGCCACGUUUGCAGAGGACAGCAAGAACAUAGCCAGUGAAAUGAUCUUGGAGAUCAAGAGAGCAUUUGAAGAAAGUCUGACUACACUGCAGUGGAUGGAUGAGGAUACACGUAAAUCAGCGAAGGAAAAGGCAGAUGCAAUCUACAACAUGAUCGGUUACCCCAACUUCAUCAUGGAUCCCAAGGAGUUGGACAAGGUCUUCAAUGAUUACACUGCUGUGCCGGAUCUUUACUUUGAGAAUGCCAUGCGGUUUUUCAACUUCUCAUCCAGAGUCACCGCAGACCAGCUCAGAAAAGCUCCCAACAGGGAUCAGUGGAGUAUGACUCCUCCCACGGUGAACGCCUACUAUUCACCCACCAAGAAUGAGAUCGUGUUUCCAGCUGGAAUCCUGCAGGCCCCAUUCUACACCCGAACAUCACCCAAGUCACUGAAUUUCGGGGGAAUUGGGGUUGUGGUGGGUCACGAGCUGACUCACGCCUUUGAUGACCAAGGUCGGGAGUAUGACAAAGAUGGCAAUCUUCGGCCCUGGUGGAAGAACUCCUCUGUGGAGGCCUUCAAGCAGCAGACUGAGUGCAUGGUGGAGCAGUACAGCAAUUAUACAGUCAACGGAGAGAAUGUGAAUGGCCGCCACACCCUGGGGGAGAACAUCGCCGACAACGGGGGUCUCAAGGCUGCCUAUAGGGCCUAUCAGAACUGGGUGAAGAAGAAUGGAGAGGAGGAGACAUUGCCAACACUGGGUCUCACCAACAACCAGCUCUUCUUUCUUGGAUUUGCUCAGGUCUGGUGCUCGGUCCGGACUCCCGAGAGCUCCCACGAAGGCCUCAUCACAGACCCCCACAGCCCCUCCCGCUUCCGAGUCAUCGGCACCGUCUCCAACUCCAGGGAGUUCUCAGAGCACUUCCAGUGUGCCCCCGGCUCCCCCAUGAACCCCCAUCGGAAGUGUGAAGUCUGGUAGAGGCGAAGGCAGGUGGGAAGGCCGGGCAGGACAGAGACCCUGGGGGGGAGGGAAGGAGGCAGCUGCACCCGUCUGUCCUGCCCCGGCCCUCCUCCCCAAUGUGGAAGAGCUCCCCUUGUGAAGGGGUCCCCAACCUUGGGCUUUCGGUGCCAACCAGAGAUUGGAUCCACUGUGAAAACCCCUGUAAUCACAAUCCCUUGGGAGCAAUUCUCGCAAUGGCCAUGACGGGUGUUUGUGGGUCUGUCCGGCUGCUCGGGGGACAGGGCCAGGGAGCUGUUACUUGUCCCACCCGGGCUGGGUCACGACGGAUACACCCACAAACACCACCGUGUUAAGUGCUUUAAAAAUCUCUAUUUUGGGGAAAUUUGUUUUGGAACAUUGUGGAAUACACUGGAAAUCUUCAGGGAGAAAUGCAUUUAAAACACUUUUUUUUUUUUUUUUUUUUAAAGAAAGGAUUGGUAUAUUUAUUAUGUUUUUAAAAAUAACCUGUGGACAAGGGAAACCCCACAGUAGUGACCCUUUUCUGGCCUGUCGCUGGCUGCCGAGCUGAGGCAGGGGCCGGUAGUGCAGAGCUCGAGCCCGGGGGCUGGGGGCAUCCUGAGACUCUCAGACUAAUUGUCGGACUUCCUUCUCGGGUCUCCCGGGAGCCCCCUUAAGUAGAGAAGAAGAGGGCAGGUCGGGAGAAGCGACUAGAGAAGGCAGAAUCGCUCUCUGGCACCUUCUUGGCACUCAGUCCUGAGGCCCCCAGCCAGUGAUCGCCUCAGCCAGUGAGCACGGGGUCUGUCUCCCAGAAGGGGAUGGGAGGAAGGAAGGAAAUCCCGUCCACUUGUGCUCCACUUUUUAAAGGGAAUUUAGAGGGGGAGGGGCUGGGCAGGGGGACCACCCAUCUCCGGGCCCCCUCAGAAAGGGACGGCCGCGGUCUCAGAGCCUGGGCUGCCUUCCCCGCCCUGGUUUUUUUUCCUUUUUAGUGUUUGACUGAUAUGUACCCACUGCUGACACUCGCUCACCCUCACAUAGCCCAAGCUCCACCAUUUUGGUCAACCCCAGGCCCAGCCCAGCUAGUCCGUCCCCCUGCUGGGCUACAUCUGCCUGAAGAUGCUGAAAGUAGAGGGCCUCUGUGUCCCAAGCACCCCAGGGCCCCGAGCCUUUGUCCUCGACUGACCCCACACUCUCCACGGGCCCGAAGUGAUCUCUUGGGCCCUGGAGGCUCUAGGCUGCAUCCCCCCUGCUGCUCCCCAAGCUUUGUGCUGUGGACGCUAGGGUUUGGGGUUCCUGCCCCUGAGUGUGGCCUGGUUCCUCACCCUCAGUCACGUCCUUACUCCCCUCUUGGCCGAACCUUCUCUAGUGCCUUAUAUGGGGCUCUGCCCUGAGGAGAACCCCUUCUUCCACAAAGGAUUCCCACCAAGUGUCUGAGUGGCUGUCAAGGCCCUCCCCCCCACACACACAGUCUCUCCUUCCUGUCUGUCUGUCUGUCUCUCCAUCACUGUCUCUCUGUGUGUCUCUCUCCCCCCUCCCUCUCCCUCUUCCUCCUCCCUCUGUAUUUGGACCAACUCCCUGACUGUCCACUGAGCCCCUGCCCCAGGUCCUGAGGGUCAACUGCCCCAGGAACCAGCUGGGUCCCCAAAAGACCAAGCUCCCCAAGGAGGGCCAGCACAGCCUGUUCUGUCUGUUGUGUGUCUCUCUUUGGCUCAGCUCUGGGCCGCGUGGGCUCCCACUCCCUCCCCAAAGCCAGUCAUGUCCUGGCCACCCCCUAAGCUGGGCAAAAAUCUGUGGCCCCAGCCCUGGGGACUCCCCACGGAGCCGGCCAUUUCUAUACAACUUUGGGGUCUGUUGGGGAGGAGGAAAGAAGGCAGGAAAGAUUUUUAAGGCAGAAGCCCCAACUAGCUGACCCAGACCCAGUUCCAAAAAAGUCUUCUCCCUUUCUCCAGCCCCCCUUCAAUAACCCAACUAGCCAAUGUCUUACCUUCCCCCCUUCCCCUCUUCUCUCCUUCCUCUUUUCCCAUCUCUCCAUGGAUUCCUUCCCUUUGCUCUUUCUCUCCCCUUUCUCCCUUUUUCUUCCCUCCUUUCUUUCCCUCCUCCUUUUCCCCUUUUUCUCCCCUCCUUCUUUCUUUCCCUCCCCCUUCUCCCCUCACCCAUUUGUCUCAGUUCUCAGGAGUUUUAGGGCGAAGGGCAUCCUGGUAUCCCAGCUGGAAGUGAUCGGGGCUGGGUAAUCCUUCAGAGGAAUGUGGAAGGUCCUGAUUGUUUCCACAUGCUGUGUGGGGCUGGGGGAGGGGAGGCAAAGAAAGAGGGAAAGAUCAGGAGCCUCUGCUCAGGGCGGGGGCUGCCAGGGCUUCUGCUGGAGACUGAGGCAGGAGACUGCUCCAGGGCGUGGAGCCGGUGGUCAGGGGGUGCUCUGGGAGGGAGCCUGCCCCGGGGGCUCGGGCCGGCUUGUCUGCCAGUGUGGAUGGAUGUGGGAACUGGGGGAAGGGGAUCUUAUUUUUUAUUGUUAUUUUUUGUGCUACUGUAGCUUUCAUUGUGGCACUUUUGUAAUUGAAAUAAAGGACUUCUACCUGGG